AUGACCUCCUCCAUCAACAAUCUGCCCACGCCCUCAUUUGUGACUGGCAGCUGCCUAUGCAAGGCUUUGAGUUACCGCGUUGACUUCCCGAGCGGGCACAAUUUCGAAGAAUCGAAAACUAACGACGGAUAUCUCCGCGUCAACCAGUCCGGCACUUGCCAAUGCACGCAGUGCCGGAAGAACGUUUCGGGCCUGUUCUUCAUGUACUACAAGGUGCCAAAAGCCGCAUUCAGGUGGGCCGCCAUCGAGAACACGGCGUUACCUUCGGCGCCAGCUCCGGCGAGCAGCGCCACCACCACCACGUCCGGUCCAGAUCUGGUCGACUUCUUGGCUUUCCCAAGGGCGUACAAGUCGUUCCAGGCAUCGCCAGGCCGCUCGCGGGGGUUCUGCGCCGAAUGCGGGAGCAUGAUGUUCUGGUCCCGCGAUGACGGGCCCAAUGUGUCGAUAGCAAUCGGCACCGUGGACCCGCUCUAUCUCUUUGGGGAGGGGGCAGGUGGUGGUGACGACGGCGGAGUCGGAGAUGGCCCUGGAAAGGAUGUGCCGAAAGGAGGAUAUGGACUUGUCCUCGCAAGCGGCGGAGGCGGUCACGAGUGGAUCCAGAACGAGAUUCCUGGGGUCACGGACAAGCUGAGCAUAUUGGGGUUCGUCCGAGGCGAGCGCUGCGUGUCCGAGGAAGAAUGA